UGGAUGGGCAGUCACAGAAGGAUAGGGAAACGAUAGCAGAAAUAUCAGCCGUUGAUGAAUCUAACUCCGUAAUAGACCAGCAAAAUGAUGUCAACACUAAGUCAAUGGAAGAGGUACCUGAGGUGGUUGCAGAGCAAUCGGUAUCAGAUAAGGUAAUAGAUGAUUUUAUUCUCGAAGAAUCUGUCAAUGUACCUGACUCAGUUAUAGCUAAGCUCCCACCUAUUCACGAAGUUCAUAGUCAGUUAAAUUUAUCAGAGAAUUUGGAUUCAGAGCCAUUCAUAGCCAAUAUCUCUGAUAUCAAUUCUCAGGAUUCUGUCAUUCCCUUGAAUGAAAAAGAUGGACAAGAUGUUUAUCUUGCCAGUUUAUCAUCCAAAUCAUAUGUUGCUUCGCCCGGCUUUGAAUAUAGUAAGGACGGAAAAGUUCCCUAUAAACAAAAAGUAGAAAAAGGUUUA